GUAAUUUAUUUAUUCAUGGUUCUUGUGUUUCCAUACAGGGGACACGUGGCGGAAUGGAGUGAAUAUCCGUGCGUCGAUACCAACCGAAGAAUCUCAGAACGCUCGCCUCGUCCGUUGUCUUUUAUAUUCUGCGGUGCCAUCCUAAGAAAAUUCCAAGGCUUUGGUCGCUUUUCCAUGGCUUCGCGAAUUCUUGAUUUCCGUUCAAUGACUCUUGUCCCCAAAACUCCGGCGUCCAUCUGCAGCUGCGGAUCUCGAUCUGGAUUUUGUUUCCGCCCUAAUUUUCCGAGCAGAGUCGAUUUCAGGACGGUUGCGUUCAGAUUGCGAAUUGAUUGUAAUGGAUCGAUGGGAUAUUGUAGUGUUCUUGGUGGUGCUUCGGUGCAGCGAUGCCGGCGGGUGAUUUCGGCUGUGGCUAGGGCUGAGCAGCCGGAGCCAAUUGACCGUGCGAUAGUCACGAAUGAGGAAGGUAAAAGAGGCACUCAAUUAUCCGAGGAGAAUAACUUAGAUUCAGAACAGCAGCAAAAGAGAAGCCAGUUGAGGAAAAGGGUUGCUUUUGGACUGGGUAUUGGAAUCUCUGUUGGGGUAGUGGUGUUGGCUGGAGGAUGGAUUUUUACUGCUGCCCUUGCUGCAGCAGUAUUUGUUGCUUCCAGAGAGUACUUUGAGCUCGUGAGGAGUCGGGGGAUUGCUUCUGGAAUGACUCCUCCUCCUCGAUAUGUGUCACGAGCAUGUUCUGUUAUUUGCCCUUUAAUGCCUAUGCUCACAUUAUACUUUGGGAAUAUUGAUGUAUCUGUGACAUCCGCGGCCUUUUUUGUAGCUAUGGCCCUCUUUCUGCAGAGAGGGAAUCCUCGUUUUGCUCAACUUACUAGUACCUUGUUUGGAUUGUUUUAUUGUGGCUACCUUCCUUGUUUCUGGGUCAAGCUACGGUGUGGUUUGGCAGCCACAUCCCUGAAUGCCAGUUAUAUGACGUCUUGGCCUGUUUCUCUUGGCAGCCAAACUAUGUGGCCGGUGGGGCUUGUCGCCACAUUGAUUUCAAUAAGCAGCAUCAUUGCAGCAGAUACAUUUGCAUUUAUCGGCGGAAGGGCUUUUGGACGGACACCACUUACAGCCGUUAGUCCAAAAAAGACGUGGGAAGGAGCUCUGGCUGGAUUAGCUGGUUGUAUAACUACUUCGGUCGUAUUGGCGAAGAUCCUACACUGGCCAACUGCUGUCCUAAGCGCUGUAGCUUUCGGGUUUCUGAAUUUUUUCGGCUCACUUUUUGGGGACCUCACCGAGUCCAUGAUCAAGCGUGAUGCCGGUGUCAAAGAUUCAGGAUCACUCAUACCUGGUCACGGUGGGAUACUAGAUAGGGUCGACAGCUACGUCUUUACAGGAGCACUGGCGUACACUUUUGUGAAACUGUUACUACCACGCAAUGGAGUUUGAAAACAUUUGCGCAACAUCCUCACCAAACUGUGAACUUUACUACACAUUUUUGAGGAAUCAUCAAGAUCAUUUACUGGUACACGAUGAACAUUCAAAAAAGGAAUUCAGGUAACCUUUCCAAAUCGAUCAGGUUCUUCCUUCCUUACUCAUAAUAUCUUUCUUUUAAAGCUUUUGCUCUGUUUUGGGUCACAUGAAUGAUCGGUAGAAGGCUAAGCUUGCAUAUUCGAUAGCAGUAUUAGCAUCUUUCUUUGUUGACCGGGUGCGCCAAAAAAAUUGAUGAAAUAAUAUAGUGGAUAUCAGCUUCUGUUUUUAGGAUAGAAAAAGACCUAAAAUUAUUCUCUAGCAUAUAUACAUUUCCAUGUUGAUUGUCCAAAGUGUUUCCAAUUUGUGUGGUGUUUAGAACAGCUGUGCCUUUGGUCAUACAAUGUUACAGAGUAUGCGUUGGUUCGAAGCUAAAUAAAUAAGAUUGUGAAAAAAGAAAAAGAAAAGGAAAUUGCGACUCCUAGGAGAAGCUUGUCCGUGACAAAAGUUAUCCAACAUUGAAAUUCCUUUAAUCUAGAGGUGGUUAUGAUUAAUCUUUUGGUGAAAGGUGUGCUUUUUAUGUUGAGAAAUAUGUUUUGCUUUUGUGCAGUUCAAUAUCUGAAUUCACUUUGGAAUAUUUUCUGCUUUCUUCCAUUGUGUGGUGACCAAAUGCACCCUAUUGUUUGGUUUGUUUUUAGUUUUGGGAUAAAAUAUACAUAUAUAGAUGACUAGUUCUUCCUUUUUUCUUGCCAAGAUAUUACACAGUAAGUAUGUAUGUGUGUUUGGAAAUAAAUGCUUAAAUUAGAUAAA